AUGGAGUUGGGAACCUGGUCCGCCAUCAUCGUCAUCGUGACAAUGGUCUUAUGCCUCUGUAUACUCGCUUGCACGUCCGGUAAAAAGCUGCCGGUCCGAGAUAUCCCUGAAGAAGCGAAAGAAGCCGCGAACGAGUUGACGAUCCUUCUUGGGUUCUUGGAAUCAAAGACCUUCUUCCGUAAUUCCGCUUGCCUACAAGCCGUGGAGCAGCGCUGGGGCUCUUUAUGGCCUAACACGCCGCGCUUCAAAUUCUUCCUACAUAUGCGACAAGCUACAGCUGGUCACGAAAUUGGUGCUUCGCUCGGGCUGACUACUGGCAUGCCUGGAAAAGUUCGACCUUUUCCUGCUGCAGCAAAUUUCGGUCAAGAAAACCCGGACCGCUGCAUUCCUGGACAAGCGAAAAUGACCGAUCAAGGACAAGCCUCAUUUUUGCAGGCCUUCGAGUUGCAGGGGUUGCAGGCCGCUUUGGAGAUAAUUCUAGAUGGACAAUCACACCCCGUUCUAUUUGACCGGGAAUCCGAACAGCUGCUAACUGCCCAAUAUCUUGACAAGUGCCAGAAAACUCGCUAUCGAUUCCUGAUAGCGAGAAAUGAUGACGACCUCGACACCGAGGAGCGCAGGCGUCUAUGUGAAGAAUUGUCAGCAGACCCAGAGAAACCGCGUAAGGUGUGGUUGCUCCGAACGGUGCCCUCGGCGGGUGUGGCAGGCAUUUGGACCGUAGAGGACAGACGCUUUGAGGAAUUUAAAGAUGAUACAACACAUAUGCUGUGGAAAGACUUUCCUAUGAUGGAGAUCACCGAAUUUCCGAAUCCCGAUGAAUUUUCCAGGGCACAAAUGGUUUUCCAGCGUUUGGUUGUCGGAGGACAAGGCAUU